AUGCAGGCAAGGCCCUCGGCAAAGGAACCCUGGCUCACCCAGCAGCCCGAGAACCGCUUCCAGACCCAGAAUUUGUCAGAAGUGCUGGACCCACAUGCCCUUCCCUCGGGCCCCGUCACAGAGGGGUCAGCUGACCUCAGGCCUCGCCCCCUGUACCCACCCCUCAGCCUGCAGGCUUCCCCUUGUAAGCAGUCGCUGGGCAGGAAAGGCCUCUCUUGCUUGGCACCCCGGAGGCCCCAGGGAAGAAGGUUCAGCAGCUCUGUGUCAGGCCUCAGAGGACGAAUGGCCCCUCAGUGCCAGGUGACAGUGACCUAG